UCUUCAUUGUGCCCUAUAAGCAGCCUUUGGCCUUUAUCUCCAAUAAAGAAGAUGGUGUUGCGUAGCUUCCCAUCCAAAAUGCAGGCCUCAGGCUGCUUUUUACUUUUCCUCGCCUUUUCUUCUUCUUUAUUCGUUUCCUCUUCCUUAGCUUUGACCAAUGCACAAGCUUCCUGGAUUGCCCGUCGCCAGCUCUUAACCCUCCGUGAGGGCGGUCAUCUACCUGAUAAUUAUGAGUUUGAGGUCGAUCUCAAGAUUAAAUUCGCCAACGAUAGGCUUCGUAGGGCCUACAUUGCCCUCCAAGCCUGGAAGAAGGCCAUAUUUUCCGACCCCCAAAAUCUCACUGGCAAUUGGGUUGGUGCUAAUGUCUGCGACUACAAUGGCGUUUUCUGCGCCCCAGCCCUUGAUGACCCAUCGAUUAAUGUCGUGGCCGGUGUCGACCUCAACAAAGCUGACAUCGCCGGGUACCUGCCCCCCGAGCUUGGUCUCCUAACCGAUCUGGCUCUCUUCCACAUUAACUCAAACAGGUUUUGUGGGAUCGUUCCACCAAGCUUCGGUAAGCUGCCAUCUCUCUACGAGCUGGACAUUAGCAAUAACCGCUUUGUUGGGGGUUUCCCUAAAGAGACACUCUCCAUCCCUGGUCUCAAGUAUUUAGAUAUCCGUUUCAAUGACUUCGAAGGAGAACUCCCAUCGGAGCUCUUUGAGAAGGAUUUGGACGCAAUUUUCGUGAACAAUAACAGAUUCAGUGGUAAAAUCCCUGAUUCUCUGGGUAAUACCCAUGCUUCUGUUGUGGUGUUCGCCAACAACAAGUUCAGCGGUUGCAUUCCAGGAAGCAUAACAAAGAUGGGCUCAUUGGAAGAGAUUAUCUUCAUGAAUAACAAUCUGUCUGGUUGCGUUCCUCCAGAAUUUGGGCUUUUAGGGAACGCUACCGUUCUCGAUUUGGCAGGGAAUAACUUGGUUGGUUCUUUGCCAACCAGUUUCUCUGGGUUGAAGAAUGUGGAGUUGUUGGAUAUUUCUGGUAACAAAUUGACUGGAUUUGUGCCUCAGAACUUGUGCCAAUUACCUAAAUUGCAGAAUUUCACAUUCUCUUACAAUUACUUCAAGGGUGAGGCACCUGAGUGUUUAGCAACAAAGGAAUCAGAGUUGGUGUUGGACGAUACGAACAAUUGCUUGGCUGGUAGGCCGGAACAGAAGACAGCAAGCGAAUGUUUGCCUGUGCUGAGCAGACCAGUGGAUUGCACCAAGUUGAAGUGUGGAAAUCCAGCAACACCAUCUCCAAAGCCAACACCACCCACCCCAAAACCACAACCACCACCUGCACCAGUCUCAACUCCACCACCAGUUGUGACACCUACACCUCCUGCACCAGUCUCGACUCCACCUCCACCACCAGCAUCAGUCCAAUCCCCCCCACCACCGGUGAACUCUCCCCCACCACCAGUCGUCCACUCCCCACCACCACCAGUGAACUCUCCCCCACCACCACCAGUUGUCCGCUCCCCACCACCACCAGUGAACUCUCCCCCACCACCACCAGUUGUCCGCUCCCCACCACCACCAGUGGUGCACUCUCCUCCACCACCAGUCGUCCACUCCCCACCACCACCAGUGAACUCUCCCCCACCACCAGCAGUGGUGCACUCUCCUCCACCGCCAGUCGUCCACUCCCCACCACCACCAGUGAACUCUCCCCCACCACCACCAGUGGUGCACUCUCCUCCACCACCAGUCGUCCACUCUCCCCCACCACAAGUCGUCCACUCCCCACCACCACCAGUCGUCCACUCCCCUCCACCACCAGUGGUGCACCCUCCACCACCACCAGUCGUCCACUCCCCACCACCACCAAUGGUCCAGUCCCCACCACCACCAGUCGUUCACUCCCCACUACCACCAGUCGUCUACUCUCCCCCACCACCAGUCGUCUACUCCCCACCACCACCAGUCGUCCCUUCUCCACCACCACCAGUCGUCCACUCUCCACCACCACCAGUGAACUCUCCCCCACCACCAGUCGUCCACUCCCCACCACCCACACCAGUCAAGUCUCCACCACCACCAGUGCAAUCCCCUCCACCACCCGCACUAGUCUCCUCUCCACCACCCCCAGUGGUGUUACUCCCACCACCCACAUCAGUCUCCUCUCCACCACCACCCACACCAGUCUCCUCUCCACCACCACCACCCACACCAGUCUCCUCUCCACCACCACCAGCUCCAGUCUCUUCUCCACCACCGGCUCCAGUCUCUUCUCCACCACCAGCUCCAGCUGACGAUUUCAUUUUGCCACCAAAUCUUGGGUUCCAGUACUCAUCACCACCUCCACCAAUCUUCCCAGGGUACUGAUUGAGUAGUAGCGCCUCUGCAAUAUUUAUAUUCUUUUUCAUUCAUUUAAAACCCAUGUUUCUGGACAAUGUAACCAAUUAAUUUUCUUCAUUAUUUCAUUCAAGA